UGGUUGAACUCUUCCACUAAAAAAUUCCACUUGUUUUCCAUCUCGCUCCUCCUCAUUUUUAUGAAAUUCGGGAUUCAGAUUUGCAGAGAAGCUGGUCAACACGUUUUGUAAAAUUACAGCAUAGGGUGGGGUCAAUCGGAAUGCAGUCAUAUAUAGGUGGCGGGAAUUGACGGCCAUUAUAUUAAAAUAUCUCCAACCAACCAAAUCACUGAAUCUAUAAAAUCGAAAGCUAAGUCUACAGAUUUUCGCCCAAUCGUAGUCAUUGUUGUUGAAUUGAAGCCUAGCCAGCCAGCCCCAGUCCGCUGCUCGGCACAAGGCAGUUAGGAAAUGAAUUCAUCGCUGGGUUCAGAAAUCCACUCGUUUUACGAGUCGGCUCCGCCUCUGAAAGAGCGUGACGGUAUCAUGGAAAAAUUAAACGAAUUUGUCCAACUGAACUGCAAAGGAACGAGACGUGUUGUGUGUGUGACAUCCGGCGGUACCACGGUGCCAUUGGAGCAGCGUUGUGUGCGUUACAUUGAUAAUUUUGCCUCCGGCCAUAGAGGAGCCGCUUCUACUGAGUAUUUUUUGAACGCGGGAUACGCAAUUAUCUUUUUGUAUCGAAGGGGAACGUCCCAGCCGUAUUGUAGAUCCCUUCCUGAUGAUCCGUUGCUUCAAUGUUUUGAGGCCACUGAUGAAUUGAAUAUUCAAGUUCGCGAACCUUUUUCUGAAGCAGUGAAGAGAGCUAUUAGGGAUCACCAUGCUGCAGUAGCAGGCGGUGUUUUGUUAAAACUUCCCUUUACAACUAUAUUUGAGUACCUUCAGAUAUUGCAGAUGGUUGCAGUAUCACUAAGGAGUCAUGGACCACGGGCAAUGUUCUAUCUCGCUGCUGCAGUGUCUGACUUUUACGUUCCUUGGAACAGCAUGGCCGAACACAAGAUUCAGUCUGGCUCUGGUCCCCUUGACAUGCGACUUGUGCAAGUACCAAAAAUGUUAUCAGUUCUGAGGACAGAAUGGGCUCCCAUCGCCUUCUGCAUAUCAUUUAAGCUCGAGACAGAUGCGAAGAUUCUUUUAGAUAAGGCAGAUAUGGCUCAGAGAAAGUACAAGAUGAAUGCAGUUGUAGCUAAUGAGCUCUUGACUCGCAAUGAGGAGGUCAUAGUUGUGACAGAUAGUGAAAAGAUUUCAGUUAAGAGAGAAAAGACAGAGGCUGGUUCUGACGUAGAAAAUCCCUUGGUCAAGCUGCUUGUGGACAGACAUUCAGCUUUCAUCAGGGAUUCUAAUGCAUAGCAAACAGCAGAGGUACAUGGCAUAUACAACACAAAUUUUCCUUUCUCAGUAGCCUUGUUUUCUCAAGGAUUGUUUGUGUUGUAUCUUAGCUUUACGAAGUUCAGUCAAAAUUGUUUCAUUUUUCCCGCAUUCCGAAGAAAAUGUUGAAUAAUGAGUAAACUUGUAACUUUUAAUUGUUCACCCUGAUUUCCUUAUUGUAAUACUGAAUGAAAGUUUAAUUUUAAUAAAAAUGGUUACCCAAUCUUUUCAACUUAAA